AGGGGACCCCUUGCCAUCCCACCCACCUAGUCGGGCGUCUCCUGCUUCCUCUCCGAGGUGCCCGCCUGGCACGGCCCAGGAAGUGUUGCCGGUGGCCUGACUGGUUGUCCAGGAAGCUGUUCCUGAGGUUUCCUGGGAUGACCCAGCAUCUCCCGGUGUGGCCUACACCCUCCCCAGAGCCCAAACCUGGUGUGACUGCCUGGCCUUGGCAGUGGGUGGAAGGGGGGGACAGGCUUCGGCUCUGCUCCUGCACCUCCUUUUCUCGGGCUUUCCAUGGGGUCCCUGUUCUGCCCAGACCGCCAUAGACCAGGCGCACUAUGGGAGGUGGGAGGACCGCAAGGAUGUGAGUCUAUGAGCCCUGGAAAGUUAGGGUGCGAGUGAUCUCACUCCCUCUGGCCUUCCAGGGCGGCCUCCACCAUGGUGCUGCCUUUCCAAUCCCCUCUGCUGGAGACUGGGCAGCAACCCUGUCUCUGAGCCCUCUGCGGCCCGUCCUGGACCACAGUCUUCCCAGGUGUGCCUGUGACCAGCUCGGUGGGCCUGUGGCAACAGUCUGGGCCCUCGGGAGCCUGCGUGCAGCCAGGCGCCUGCCUCCCUGUCUGUAAACACGGGGCGUGUGUCCCUGCGGCUGUGAGCGAGUGAGCGAGGGGGCGGUGAGCCGGCCCCGCAGGUCCUGCGGCCUCGGGCCGCCCUGUUGCCCAACAGGCGGCUGGGGGCGGGCCGGGCACUGAUUAAAGGGCGCCUGGAGCAGCCUGCGUGGAGACAGGUGACCAGCAGCGCAGAGAGCCGGUCAGCGCCCGCCCCAGGAGCGUUCGCUUCCCCAUCCUGUGAGCGCAUCACCAUGUCUGAGGCAUGCCGGGCCGAGACCUUUGUCUUCCUGGACCUGGAAGCCACCGGGCUCCCCAAUGUGGACCCUGAGAUUGCCGAGCUCUCGCUCUUUGCUGUCCACCGCUCUUCCCUGGAGAGCCCGGAGCGGGAUGAGUCUGGCACCCCAGUGCUGCCCCGCGUCCUGGACAAGCUCACGCUGUGCAUGAGCCCGCAGCGCCCCUUCACAGCCAAGGCCAGCGAGAUCACGGGCCUGAGCAGCGAGGGCUUGGCGCAGUGCCGGAAGGCGGGCUUCGACACCGCCGUGGUGUGCACGCUGCGGGCCUUCCUCAGCCGCCAGGAGGGCCCCAUCUGCCUGGUGGCCCACAACGGCUUCGACUACGACUUCCCACUGCUGUGCACAGAGCUGCAGCGCCUGGGUGCCUGCCUGCCUUCAGACACCGUGUGCUUGGACACACUGCCCGCGCUGCGGGGCCUGGACCGUGCCCACAGCCACGGCACCCGAGCCCAGAGCUGCAAGGGGUACAGCCUGGGCAGCCUCUUCCGCCGCUACUUCCAGGCCGAGCCAAGCGCGGCCCAUUCAGCUGAGGGUGACGUCCACACACUGCUCCUGGUCUUCCUGCACCGCGCUGCUGAGUUGCUGGCAUGGGCCGACGAGCAGGCUCUGAGCUGGGCUCACAUCAAGCCCAUGUAUGCUCCGCCCGAGGGUCUGAGUCUGGAGAACUGAGCGUGCUGGGCCCGGGCCACGGCCUGAAACCUGGGAAUCCCAGCUGUAGCCUCCCGACAGGCUCCGACUGGGCCCUGGGCCUCACUGCCCGCUUUCCCUCUCGGGGUGCCCGGAGUCCAUGUACUUGCCGUACCUGGCCCCACAGCCCUGGAACCUUCUCGGGUGCCCGCCACCAGCUGUCACUCAGUGAAGUUGGCUGCAGGGGGGUUGGCCCCCAUACCCUGUCUGCCAAUAAACAUGACC